UACCGUGGACCCCAGGGAGUGGGCCCGAGCAGGGAGGCGCCCUCCGGCUCCCUCUCCCCGACUUGAAGAAGCAGAAGAAACUGUGCCAGCAAAGGCCGGACCCCCAGCGGUGGCUGGAGACCCAGCCCUUGCAACUUCAAUCUUCCCAGGGAGCGCAGGCAGAAACGCUGGUUUAGAUAGAGGCGGGAACUGCUUCGGGCUGAGACAGACAACCAGUGACCUGACGGACGCAAAGCCCAAACAACGCCCGACUCGGCAGCAGUGAUACGGCCCGAGUCCUGAGGUCGCCCGGGGUCCCAGCUGACAGCCGACUAACGCUGAGCUUUCCGAUGGCCCAAGUGAAAAAGAGUCUCAAAUGGACAUGCAAAGCUUGUGGAGAGAAGCAGUCAUUUUUGCGGGCUUACGGUGAGGGCUCUGGUGCUGACUGUAGACACCAUGUCCAAAAAUUAAAUCUGCUGCAGGGACAGAUUUCAGAGAUGUCACUCAGGUCUCUGGAAGAAUCCAUAAAUGCCGAUGAGGAGGAAAAUGCACGUCCUCGGCAGGCUGUGCCUGCAAUCCUGCAGGAAAAACUCCAGCCCUCAAAGAACCGCUGGCUGAAGUAUCUGGAAAGGGACUCCAAAGAACAGCUGGAAGAAGGAGGAGUGUGUUUCAUCAGACAGCCCUCAUCCAAGAGAGAGAAGCCAGACCCUCCCUUCAGUACAGGCCUGCCUAGAAAAAGGAAAUGGAGCCAGAGCACAGUCCAGCCUCCAUGCAGCCCUAAUAUCCAGGACUCCAGAAACUGUGAGGUCACCUUGAAGUCCCUGAAGGACCGUUCCCUUCAUUCUGCAUGGAGUACCGGGUCUUUGUCAGACUGUUCAGCUUGGGACCUGCCCUGGGUUUCUGAGGAACUGUCACCUUCAUUUAUCCAGGACCACACUGGCCUGACAGGGAAGGUCAAAGAAGGAAGCAGUCGUGAGGACUGGGACACCAGGGAGCUCGUCGUUCCUCCGGGGGAACCACCGUGUCCUGCCCAGCAGGUCAGGACCGUGUCUCCUAAGUGGGAACAAUUUCUUCCGCCACUUGGAAACAGCUCACAUUUGGACACGGAGCCCCUGACCCCCCUGCAAAGAGGCCCCAGGCCAGCUCGAGCAGCACGGACUGAGCAGGGGACCCCCAGGACCCAGACCCCAAGGGAAGGCCUCUGCAGGACCCUUGGUGCACUCCAGCUUCCUCAGGCUACACACACUCCCACGCCUGGGCCCAAGAGGCUCUGCGGAAAGACCCCCGAGCAGUCAGGGGGCACAGGCCCUUGGGCAGAGGGUGGGGCCUUGGUCAAAGGGAUGCAGGAGCCUUCUUCACUCCUGCGACUAUAUGACCUCUUUAAAACCGGAGAGGACUUUGAUGACCAUCUGUGAAUUGAAACUAAUGUGUUACUAAUGUAGACAUAUUUGUUAAGUGAGCCCUUCUCCAGUUGAUCUCUGUGCCACUGGAAACAGGGCUCCCCAAGUUUCUUUUAAAUAGUAGGACUAAGGAUGACUUAUGGGAACUACCAAGAACCAACAAUAAACAUGACUAUCAAACAGA